UAGGGUGUGAGACGACUCCCAUCUUCAUCGCCGUCGACCGAGACGGCGAGACCGCAGUGGAGGAGUGUGACGGUUCCAGUCUUCGUCGCUGUCAUUCGAUACAGAUACUAGACAUUUGGAUUGGAUAUGUGCUUAAAAAGUUGCAGUGUGGCAAAACCCUGAUGAGAAGAAUCCCUGUUCUGCUACGGCGAACUCCCCUCCCUGUAGUAGGGAUCCCUGUUCCUCGUCGACCUCUAAUUCUGUGUGAAGAUGGCGAGUCAACCUCGAAUUCGUCAUAUUAUGAUUACACAUCAAGUUUCUUCGCGAAGUACAGGUCUGUGUUCACUAGCUCCCUUCCUCCUCCAGAAUGGAUAGAACCCUUCAGCGAUAUCUCUGACGUAGUCUCAGAUCCUCAAAAGUUAAAGCCUUCGCCCUGGGUGAAAGAAAUCAUCAAUCUUUUGGAUGGUUCUUGGAAUAUGGAAGCUAAUUUGGACGCUUACUGUCGCAAAUUUUUCAUCAAAUUGACCCCAAAUUUCGUUGCGCAUGUUCUGCGGUCCAUCGAGCUACAUAGAAACCCUGAUGUUGCUUUGCGUUUCUUCUAUUGGGCUGGUAAGCAAAAGAAGUACGCCCAUACUCUUGAUUGCUAUGUAUCUGUAAUUGAUGUUUUGUUGUCAUCCGGCGACUUGGAUAGGUUUCGAUAUGUUUUUGCGGAGCUACAACAAAUGGGUUUCUUGAUGACAGCUUCUUCUGCUAAUUGCUUGAUUAAAAGUUUUGGUAGUGUUGGUUUGGUUGAGGAAUUGCUGUGGGUGUGGGGUCAAAUGAAAGAGAAUGGCAUAGAGCCGAGUUUGUAUACCUAUAAUUUUUUGAUGAACGGGUUGGUAAAUUCCAUGUUUAUAGAAUCAGCUGAGCGGGUUUUUGAGGUAAUGGAAGAUGGGAAAAUCCAACCUGAUAUCGUAACUUACAACACUAUUAUCAAAGGGUAUUGUAAAGCAGGUAAAACACAGAAAGCACUGGAGAAGCUUCGAGCCAUGGAAAAUCGGAAUGUGGAGCCUGAUAAGAUUACAUAUAUGACUCUGAUUCAGGCGUGUUAUUCUGAAGGGAAUUUUGAUUCUUGUUUGAGUCUUUACCAAGAAUUAGAAGAAAGGGGAUUGGAAAUUCCACCUCAUGCUUAUAGCUUAGUAAUCUGUGGGCUCUGUAGAGAAGGUAAACAUGUGGAAGGAUAUGCUGUGUUUGAGACUAUGUUUCGAAGGGGUCAUAAAGCAAACAAGGCUAUAUAUACUGCGUUAAUUGAUUCUUAUGCGAAAAGUGGAAACAUGGAGGGGGCAAUGAAACUGUUUGAGAGGAUGAAUCUGGAUGAGAUCAAACCAGAUGAAGUUACUUUUGGAGCCAUCGUCAAUGGAUUGUGCAAGUGUGGGAGGUUAGAGGAGGCCAUAGAUUAUUUUAGGUAUUGCAAUGGUAAUGGUAUUCCAGUUAAUGCUGUAUUCUAUUCCAGUUUGAUUGAUGGUUUAGGAAAGGCAGGCAGAGUAGAUGAAGCUGAGAAACUCUUUGAAGAGAUGGCCACGAAGGGAUGCUCUCGGGAUUCUUACUGCUAUAAUGCCCUUAUCGACGCCAUGUCUAAGUGUGGGAGAAUGGAUGAAGCACUGGAACUCUUUAAACGAAUGGAAGGUGAAGGUUGCGAGCAGACAAUUUACACAUACACAAUACUCAUCAGUGGACUUUUCAAUGAGCAUAGGAAUGAGGAGGCAUUGAGGCUGUGGGACAUGAUGAUUGACAAAGGUAUAACACCAAAUGCAGCCUCCUUUAGGGCGCUCUCAAUAGGACUUUGCCUUUCGGGUAAGGUAGCAAGAGCAUGUAAGGUCAUGGAUGAGCUGGCCCCUAUGGGGAUUAUUCCUGAGACGGCCUAUGAAGAUAUGAUCAAUGUGCUGUGCAAAUCCGGACGUGUGAAGGAAGCCUGCAAAUUAGCUGAUGGGGUUGUGGAUAGAGGUAGGGAAAUACCUGGAAGGAUUCGUACUGUAUUUAUUAAUGCCUUGAGGAAAGCUGGGAAUGCUGAUUUGGCCAUAAAGUUAAUGCAUAGCAAGAUUGGUAUUGGGUAUGAUCGAAUGGGUAGUGUUAAAAAACGAGUCAAGUUCCAAAACCUUGUUGACAGAUGAUUUCAUCGGCUAGAUGUCGCUUAAGUUGUGUAUGAAUAUGAAGGUUCAUCGACUGUCAUGUCUUUUGAGUAAAGAGCUCUUGUUUUGGUGCCUUUUAUUACUGUUCAAUUUGUGGAGUAAAAUAGUGUUUUAAAGGCAACUGCCAACUCUCUGAUACAUACAUUUUGUUGUUUACGUGGAA